CCCCGCGCCGCCGCGCUCCUCGCCCGCGCCUGCCCCAGGAUGGUCCGUGCGAGGCACCAGCCCGGUGGGCUUUGCCUCCUGCUGCUGCUGCUCUGCCAGUUUAUGGAGGACCGCAGCGCCCAGGCUGGGAAUUGCUGGCUCCGCCAAGCAAAGAACGGCCGCUGCCAGGUCCUGUACAAGACGGAACUGAGCAAGGAGGAGUGCUGCAGCACCGGCCGCCUGAGCACCUCGUGGACCGAGGAGGACGUGAAUGACAACACGCUCUUCAAGUGGAUGAUUUUCAACGGGGGCGCCCCCAACUGCAUCCCGUGUAAAGAAACGUGUGAAAACGUGGACUGUGGACCCGGGAAAAAAUGCCGAAUGAACAAGAAGAACAAACCCCGCUGCGUCUGUGCCCCGGAUUGUUCCAACAUCACCUGGAAGGGUCCUGUCUGUGGGCUAGACGGGAAAACCUACCGCAAUGAAUGUGCACUCCUCAAGGCCAGAUGUAAAGAGCAGCCAGAACUGGAAGUCCAGUACCAAGGCAAAUGUAAAAAGACUUGUCGGGAUGUUUUCUGUCCAGGCAGCUCCACAUGUGUGGUGGACCAGACCAAUAAUGCUUACUGUGUGACAUGUAAUCGGAUUUGCCCAGAGCCCACCUCCUCUGAGCAAUAUCUCUGUGGAAAUGAUGGAGUGACCUACUCCAGUGCCUGCCACCUGAGAAAAGCUACCUGUCUGCUGGGCAGGUCUAUUGGAUUAGCCUACGAGGGAAAGUGUAUCAAAGCAAAGUCCUGUGAAGAUAUCCAGUGCACUGGUGGAAAAAAAUGUUUAUGGGAUUUCAAGGUUGGCAGAGGCCGGUGUUCCCUCUGUGAUGAGUUGUGCCCUGACAGUAAGUCGGACGAGCCUGUCUGUGCCAGUGACAAUGCCACUUAUGCCAGUGAGUGUGCCAUGAAGGAAGCUGCCUGCUCCUCAGGUGUGCUGCUGGAAGUAAAGCACUCCGGAUCUUGCAACUGAAUCUGCCCGUAAAACCUGAGCCAUUGAUUCUUCAGAACUUUCUGCAGUUUUUGACUUCAUAGAUUAUGGUUUUUUUUUUUUUUAAUUUAAACUUAUUGCAUAACAGCAGAUGCCAAAAACAAAAACAAAAAAGCAUCUCACUGCAAGUCACAUAAAAAUGCAACGCUGUAAUAUGGCUGUAUCAGAGGGCUUUGAAAACAUACACUGAGCUGCUUCUGCGCUGUUGUUGUCCAUAUUUAAACAACAGCUCCCCUGUAUUCCCCCAUCUAGCCAUUUCGGAAGACACUGAAGAAGAGGAAGAUGAUGAAGACCAGGACUACAGCUUUCCUAUAUCUUCCAUUCUAGAGUGGUAAACCCUCCACCAGUGUUCAAUGUUGACAUAGCCUUUGGGCAAAAAAAAAGAAAAGAAAAAAAAAAAGAAAAAAUAUAUUGUCCAUACUGUAAAUAAGUGUAUGCUUAUUUAUUUGGGGGGAAAACUAUACAUUAAAGGACCUUUGUUCUAAAGCUCUCUCCCAGGCCACCUUGUUACUCAUUGGACACGGAGAGGCAGUCAUUGUGAGGUCUACUGGAUGAGGCCCAUAGUUGAGACUUGUAGACAUUUAUUUAUACUGUGUCAUGUUUUAUAAUUUAUACAUAAAAUGUCUGGUUGACUGUACACCUUGUUUUUGAAGAAAUUUAUUCGUGAAAGGAAGAGCAGUUGUUAUUUAUUGUGAGGUCUCUUGCUUGUAAAGUAAAAGCUUUUUUUUUGUAAACCAUUUAAGUCCAUUCCUUACUAUUCACUCACUCAUCUGUCUCCCUUUAUUUCACUAUUGUUAGACUCUUCUCCAGUUUUAACAAACUUGCAUGUCAGUUUCUGUCAUGUUUAUUUAUUGGAUUCUCUGCUGCCUGAGCUGUACAUACAUGAUCCCUCGGGUUUUGUUUACAAGGAAUCUUGACUGACCAAAAGGCAUUAUAACUUUGACUCAAAUAUAAGGUACAGAGGAUAUACAUCUUUGAGGAAAUUCCUACUUCAGUUCUCUUGUUAUGAUGAAGACAUUUGUGAGAGAGGGGAUGAUAACAAUGUUAUAAUUCUAGUAAUAUACUUUUAAGAUGUUACAGAUCCAAAGAAUGGAGUGAUGUGGGUGUCAGGAAACUAAAGGAAGGCGAAGUCUACAUAUUCAACCUUUUGUUAGGUGUUUUCUUUAAGCUAGUUGGCUGUACCUUUUAAAUUAGUUCUUUUUCAACCAAUGUGUCACUAAAAGUUAUAUCAAAGCUUUAUCAGUUCAAGUUUCUUGCUUUUCAUAAUACUUUUUUCUGAUGCAAUUUUAUAUUUUCAAACAUGGCAAGUUAAAUAUAAAUUCAUUUAAAUAUAUAGUUUUGUACUUUUCUACCAUGUAAAUGUGCAAUGUAUAUAAAAGUUAUAAUGUGUAUUUGUAAAUAAAUGAUGAGUGAAAAAAUAAAAAAAUUUUAAAAAGCCA